AUGGGAAAUAAAACGAACAAAAGCUUGCAACUGAACGUCACCGCAUUACCCUGUAUGUACCAAGAGAGCAAUCAGAAGCAAUCAGUUCCAACUAAUGCGAUUGCCUCCACCACCAGUUCAAAUUACGCUAACUCGUCAUUGGGUAUUGGAGGCAAAUUGACACACAGGACACUUUGGCCCGCGCAGAAACGAACUAAAAGAGACAGAGUGUAUGCUGGUGCGGCAUUUACUGCGCCAUCUCUUGCUUUCAGCCACGCGUUUACAAAAUACUGGUGGGAUGUUUAUCCUCAUGUCAUAUCCUGCUACUGGUGUGGGCUUAAUGAAUCUUUGUUGCCGACAAGUACCAUGUGUCAUGACAUGUUCGACUCGGACAACGGCCAACUGCGAAGUAUGUCGAGGUUCUUCCGUGCAAAAUGCCACUAUUACGGUUAUUACAGUCCUUACUAUCGGCAAAUGAUGGGUCAUAGAUAUUACCCAUAUUUUAUGUUAUGGACUAACGACAAAGGAUUGAAAACGCACAUGUUUGGUAACUAUAUAAAAGGAUGCUUUAAACGGUUCGUCGACGUAGGGCCGCUGUACACAUCACGCGGUUGUCGGACCUUCUAUGAGUCAAUGCGUCCCUAUAUAAGAAACUUUGCUGGCCAUAGAUUAUCUAAGUUGGAAUUAGUAGCAAAAGGUUUCACGGAUGCUUGCGUAACCAGUCCGCUUGCAUCCCUCACGCCGUUCAGUCGCUCGAUCUCCCUGUUCGUGCGCUACCACGUGUGCGUAUGCUCCACCGACUACUGCAACACUGGCUGUGAACAUUGUGUCACUUCUUUGUUAUUGCUAUUUCCACUAUUAAUAAUAAAAUGA